AGGUUAAUUCUUUGCACAAGUGAGAAUUUAAUAGACUUUUUAGCAAUAAAGAAUACUUAAAAAUGUCUCUUUUAAGAAAAUGUGUGUUAAAGUACAGCAUCAGUGUUCGAUUAGGGUCUAGCUCGAAUAAGUUUGCUAAAACGGAUGAUGGGAGUACCUUCGUUUUUUGGCAUCCAAAAAAAGAAUUUUCAUACGAAAAUACAAGACCUUUACCAGAAGUUAAAGCUGAAAGUUCCAGUGUUUUAAAGACAGAAUUAUCGCAUCAAUUAAAAGAGGUUUUUAAUAAAAAAUCGCCAGAUAUGGCAAGGGAAGAGCUAAUGAGAAUUACAUAUACAACUAAACAUAAAUGGUUUCCCAGGUCUCGAGAUAGAAAAGCAAAGAAAACUCCAAUGGAUAGAGAAUAUUUAUAAUGAAAUUAAGUUUUGUAUUUUAGUUUGAAAUAUAAUUAAUGAUUUUUAAA